GCAGUUCACCCCUUCAACCUCGCUUACACUUCUUCAAUACUCCUCGCUUUGCCUCUGGCAUUUGGGGGAGCUCUUCAAUCCCUUAACAGGGGCACUGCGGCUGACGCGCUGAGACCUCUGAGGAGGCGUGGCUCCGCACCGGAAGAACCUGCGGUUGCCCGGGGAACGCCACGCACCACGGCGCCUGACCCGCCACUGAUGCUUGGGCUGAGCCGGAGGCUCCCCGUUCAUCCAACUUGCGGAGGCGGCUUUGCUCAGGCCCAGGGAUCCUUUCUAUGGAGGCCUAGAGAGAAAGGCUGAGGGACGCCCGCACCAGAUUCCCAUCGCAGAGACGGAUACGAGCGAGUGCGUCCAUUUCUGUUCUUCAGCAGCUCCCGGGCCCGCAAGACUAACCUCAAAGACCAGCUGGUUUGUAAAUACUUGACUCACAUUAUGGGAUUGCUAGACAGACUUUCAGGCUUGCUUGGCCUGAGGAAGAAGGAGGUUCAUGUUUUGUGCCUUGGGCUGGAUAAUAGUGGCAAAACAACAAUCAUUAAUAAACUUAAACCUUCAAACGCUCAGUCUCAAGAUAUAGUUCCAACAAUAGGAUUCAGCAUAGAGAAAUUCAAAUCGUCCAGUUUGUCUUUUACAGUGUUUGACAUGUCAGGUCAAGGAAGAUACAGAAAUCUCUGGGAACACUAUUAUAAAGAAGGACAAGCCAUUAUUUUUGUCAUUGAUAGUAGUGAUAGAUUAAGAAUGGUUGUGGCCAAAGAAGAACUUGAUACUCUUCUGAAUCAUCCAGAUAUUAAGCACCGCCGAAUACCAAUCUUAUUCUUUGCAAACAAAAUGGAUCUUAGAGAUGCAGUGACAUCUGUAAAAGUGUCUCAAUUGCUGUGUUUAGAGAACAUCAAAGAUAAACCAUGGCAUAUUUGUGCUAGUGAUGCCAUAAAAGGAGAAGGAUUGCAAGAAGGUGUAGACUGGCUUCAAGAAAAAACAAUACAAUCAGAUCCAGGCUGUGAAGACAUGAAAAGAUAGUAUUUGGAAACCUCAACAAUUUUCAAUUCAAGGAAUAUAUAUUAAGGCACACUGAAUACUUUAAAUUUUUUGAAAGUUGUUUUUACAUCUAAGAAUACUUGAUAAUCUUCUGCUUGCAUUUAUGGACUCUGAAUGAGGUUUUUAAGAACAUAAGACUUCAGGGAUGCUAAUCUGGCCAUUAAUUAUAUGAAAACUAAAUGUUUCCUGAAGGUCUCCCUCCCCAGAAUUAUCAACUUCUUGAAAGGUCUACAUUUGAUUGUAAUUAGAAUGUGUAAAGUCAGAGUUAUCUCAGUAUCUCAUCUUGAUUUAUGAUAUCUUUAAUGCAUUUUAUUUUUUUAAUUGUCUUCUAAAAACUUAGCUUAUGAUAUGACUUUGUAGUAUGAUUGUGCUUGUGAAAAAGAACUUGUAAAUAUUUAUAAGGGACCAUGGGUAAUUAAUAUAUAUUAAAGUUUUGCUAUAUGUCACCAUCAAUAAAACAUAAAAUAUAAUAUACAAACUAGUGUGCUUUAUAUGCUGAAAAGAAUAAUGCUGUGUUAAUAUGGUAUUUUGUGUUUUACUGUCAAACAUUUGUAAAUUACCUGAGACCAAGUUAAGCUGAAUUUAUUUAUUCAGUGAAUAAAACACUGAAUAAAUAAAUGAAACAUCUCUGUACCUAUUACUAGUUUGGCAUUGUCCUAGGCAAUGGUGAUACAAGGUAAACAAAACGUAUUCCUAAUCCUCA